GGGGUAUAUAAAGCCGUCUCCUGCCCACGCCGUACAUCAGUCAAGCGACGACCACCCAUGAGCUUCACUCGGGAGACGGUCAAGAUUCCAAGCGUCGAUCGGGGCGUAAACCUCGAUGUCUGGCUCUACAAGCCGGCUCGUCCCGCGCCUUUUCCUGUUAUAGUAGCUGGACCAGGCUUGACGGUUGUCAAAGCAGCAGGCUUCCAGCCUUUUGGUGAACGCUGGGCAGAAGCUGGCUAUGCGUCUCUCAUCCUGGACUUUCGGUUCUUUGGUGACUCAGAUGGCGAACCGAGGAAUUUGGCUGUCAUAAAGAAGCAGGUUGAGGAUUAUCGAUCCGUUCUUCAAUGGGCGAGGCAGCAUCCAGAGUUAUUCAAUCUUGACAAGAUCGUGGUGAUGGGAAGUGCGUCGAGUGGGCUCGUUAUGGCGACUUUGGCGAUUGAGGAGCCUGGGUUGGCAGGUGCUAUGGGACAUUGUCCAUUGAUGGAUGGAUAUGCAACGCUGAUGGCUGGAGAACCAAAACCAAGGUUACUGUUCUGGGCUGCCGUCGACUGGAUACGUUCAAAAAUCGGUCUAUCACCACUCUUCAUUAAGUGUGCAGGAAAUCCGGGAGAGCUUGCUUUACUUGACACUCCUAGUGUAGCUCCAGGAUUCGAAUUCAUGUUUGCGCAGAGUGGCAAACCUUUCGCAGAAUAUCCAAAUACGAUCGCACCUCGAUUCUCUUUCGACCUGCUUUCAAGCAGACCAGGUGCAAAAUUGAAAGACGCAAAAUGCCCUGUUCUUGUUGUGGCUAGUAAGGAAGAUGAUAUGAUCCCUUUGGCUGUUACGAGAAAACUUGUGGAGCAAGCAGACGGAAAAGUUAGGCUGGUUGAAGCACCCGGAACCCACUUCGAUAUUCUCCACGGAGGAAAAGGCUUCGACGUGAACAUCAAUGCUCAGCUUGCAUUUCUGCAAAGCUUGCUCUGAUUAUCUCUGCUAUGAACAAGUUAUGCCAAAGUCUGGCUAGUAUUUGCAACUCGGUCUCACACCGACGUUGCCAGUUUUGCUUCAUCGUAGGUAUCACACGGUUAAGCUGUGUUCUUUUAUUGGAUCCAUGCUCUUUUUUUCCCUUCUUUGUUGUAUCCGUGAUCUCUCGUUCUCUUUCUUCUUUCGCGGGAUACUACGCCUUCGUAUUGUAUGUAAACUAUGAGACGUCUAGUAUAAAUGCAGCUUUUUCUACAUCGC